AUGGAAUUUCUCCGCAAGGAUCUCCUCUGGAACGACUUUCUCAAUGAAGAGCCUCACCCUGGGAUCCCUCUUCCCUUUUCCAGUGGCGAGGACCCAUUCGCACCAGCACCGACGUACUAUUAUCCCUUGAUGGACUAUACCCUCGAGGGGUAUGAGUACACCCACCCUAGCGCAUGCAUCAAUCCCAUGUACACGCUCGGGAUGCAUCACCCCUCGUUGAUGAAACCGACGACGCUACAGCCACAAGUCGGCUCGUCCCUGGCCAUCGACCCCCAGCUUCAGGACGCACCAACACCGAGUAGCAACACAUCUCGCGACUCAACACCUCCAGCGAGCCACGGUCAAACCCAGGAGAGUACGAAUGGACCUGCCUCGCUCGUCCCCGCAUCGCUCGCGGCCAUCUUCGCCACUUCGUCCGCCACGACAUCCCCCAUGGCGAUUGCAGUUGCCUCGACCCCUCAGCGCAAGUCUGCCUCUACACGACCCAAGCGUCGACGAACUGCACCGUACCCGACAUCAUCCACAAGCGACACGUCCAUGGACACGUUUACAGUCCAAGAUGGCCUUCCCGUACUCGUCGUCGAGAAUCCGGGUGAGCUCCCUCCCACGACGGUGUACACCCUCUCGUCCCCCGACGAAAUCACCUCCGAGGCAACAAGACUCUCGCGUCGUCUACGCCACCACAUCUUGUCCUCCGUUGCACAUCAUCCUUGUAUGACAUGUCCAGUGUUUGAUUGCCCACUCGGCGGGUGGAAUACGCUCCUUCAUGGACCAUAUCCAACGUCAAAGGCCAAAGCAUAUGGUAAAACUGGCAAAUUCUUCACGACGAAUGAAAUCCUCCGCCACGUUCGCUCAAAGCACACACCUCCCACAGACUUGCGAUGUGAGCACCCAGGUUGCGCGACCCAGAAACGGCUAGACGAAAAAAAGUCGAAUGUUACUGGCACAUUUUCCCGCCUCGAUGUCUUCAAGGCUCAUCUCAAAGAGCAUCCCACACACAAGCACGCCCUUUCCGAGGAGCUCAAAGACAAGUAUGGUCUCUAG